AUGGAUGAUGCACUAAUGGUGACUGGAUUUGCCUUGGGCCCCCUUCUUUGCAAGUCCCAUGUAGAUUGCCAACUAUCUCUUUUUAUAAUUCAAAGAUUACUUGAUUUCUACUGUUCUCAGUUUGGGGACCUAAGGACACAAAAAGAGAAGAAGACAGCUUUUCUUUCUCUUCCCGCCGCCCAAGAUGCGAAAGGAAAGAAGGCCAAGGGGAAGAAGGUGGCUCCGGCUCCUGCUGUCGUGAAGAAGCCGGAGGCCAAGAAAGUGGUGAAUCCCCUGUUUGAGAAAAGGCCUAAAAAUUUUAGCAUUGGACAAGACAUCCAGCCCAAAAGAGACCUCACCCGCUUUGUGAAACGGCCCCGCUAUAUCAGGUUGCAGCGGCAGAGAGCCAUAGUCUAUAAGCGGCUGAAAGUGCCCCCUGCAAUUAACCAGUUCACCCAGGCCCUGGACGGCCAAACAGCUACUCAGCUGCUUAAGCUGGUCCACAGGUUCAGACCAGAGACAAAGCAAGAAAAGAAGCAGAGGCUGUUGGCCCGCGCCGAGAAGAAAGCGGCUGGCAAAGGGGACGUCCCCACUAAGAGACCACCUGUCCUUCGAGCAGGAGUUAACAGCGUCACCACCUUGGUGGAGAACAAGAAAACUCAGCUAGUGGUGAUUGCACACGACGUGGAUCCCAUUGAGCUGGUUGUCUUCUUGCCUGCCCUCUGUCGUAAAAUGGGAGUCCCUUACUGCAUCAUCAAGGGGAAGGCAAGACUGGGACGUCUAGUCCAUAGGAAGACCUGCACCACUGUCGCCUUCACACACGUUAACUCGGAAGACAAAGGUGCUUUGGCUAAGCUGGUGGAAGCUAUCUGCACCAAUUACAAUGACAGAUACGAUGAGAUCUGGCGUCUCUGGGGAGGCAAUGUCCUGGGUCCCAAGUCUGUGGCUUGCAUUGCCAAGCUAGAAAAGGCAAAGGCUAAAGAACUUGCCAUGAAACUGGGUUAAAUGUACACUGUUUCUGUAAAUAAAAAUA